GUCUGCUCCGCUGGGUGCGGCCUGGCUCGGGGCAGGGCCGGCGGGGUCUGCCGGGCCCGGGGCUCGUUACAGCGGUUCUACCCGCCUCGACGCAGACAUGGCGGCCGAGAAGGACCAGCAGAAGGGUGCCGAGGCGGAAGGGCUGAGCGCCACGACCCUGCUGCCGAAACUGAUUCCCUCUGGCGCGGGUCGAGAGUGGCUGGAGCGGCGCCGCGCCACCAUCCGGCCCUGGAGCACCUUUGUGGACCAGCGGCGCUUCUCGCGGCCCCGCAAUCUGGGCGAGCUGUGCCAGCGCCUCGUCCGCAACGUGGAAUACUACCAGAGCAACUAUGUGUUCGUGUUCCUGGGCCUCAUCCUAUACUGUGUUGUGACGUCCCCCAUGCUGCUGGUGGCUCUUGCUGUCUUCUUUGGAGCCUGUUACAUCCUUUAUCUGCGCACACUGCAGUCCAAGUUCGUGCUUUUUGGCCGUGAGGUGACCCCAGCCCAUCAGUAUGCUCUGGCUGGGGCCGUCUCCUUCCCCUUCUUCUGGCUGGCUGGUGCAGGCUCGGCCGUCUUCUGGGUGCUGGGGGCCACCCUCGUGGUCAUCGGCACCCAUGCUGCCUUCCACCACAUCGAGCCUGUGGACGGGGAGGAGCUGCAGAUGGAGCCCGUGUGAGGGGCCUGGCAGGACCGGCCGGCCUCCCGAGCCACCUGCCCCGCAAGCCAGCUGCCCCACGCGUCCCCCCUGCCCUGCACAGCUCUGCUGCUCCCAGCAAAGGCCUCCCCGUCGCGGGCCUGGGAGGGAUUCCAGCUUCGGAAAUAAAGCUGUUACAGUUGUCAUUCAGCAAA